AUGCCAAGAAGGAGUGGAGGAGGAAUGAAAUCAUCAGGCUUCAGCAGAUCAUCUGGACCUUCCAGAACAGCCAGACCUGCACCAUCACCUCAGCAGAGCGCCCCACAAGCUCAACAAAGGCCAGGAAUCAUGUCAGGCCUAGCUGGAACAGUCAUGCAAAGUUAACUUAAGUUAAGUGCUAUAAGGCCAUAAGCGGAUAGACUACUAGUCUACCUAUCUGGCAUUAACCAACCUAACUUAAGGAUUAGCUUCCUAGACAGAAAAGACCUUCGGGGGAACAGCAAGACUUUCCCCUUCUGCAUCAUCCCUAAACCCGAAGGCCUACUUCAAAAAACGGCAGAGGCUCUACUUUCAGCUUCAUCGGGAUGAGUCCUACCUGCUCCAUAGGGAGUUUGCCUCAGAGCCCGUAUUCCAUCGAUGACACCAUUUUUAUUUCUAAAGCCAUGCAAGGGAUGGCAUUCGGAGCUGGGAGCGAAAUUGCCCAUACUGCAGUUAGAGGGCUAAUGGGAGGCAACAGCCACGAAGCUCACGAACAGCAAGCACCAGCCCAGCAAGUCCAAGACGUCUGCAGUCAACAGAACCAAGACUUUUUAAAUUGUCUGCAGUUCAACAAUAACAACAUUGGGGCUUGCCAAAGCUAUCUCGAUCUCUAUAAGCAGUGCAAAGGCCAAUUCUAA